AUGUCAGAUAAAAUCAAGUCCAAGGACUUGAGCUACGACUCUUCGUUGCCGCCUUUCCUGCAGAGACUGCACAAUCAGAACGCUGGACGUGGGGAUACUGACCGGCACGAGCGACAGAUUGCUAGGCCGAAGAAGUCCAAGGAUCCAAAUGAUGACGAUGGACCAACUGUGGUCGAUGAGAGUGGCGAGACGCUCUCCAAGGAUGAGGUCGACAAGCUUACGAACCAGCCAGAGCCAGGCGUCGAGGAUACCGAGAAUGUAAAGGGUGAACUAGAUCCGGCUACGGAACCUAAGGCUUCUGGUGCUCUUCCAGAUCCAAAGGCCUCCGAGAACAAGGUUACUGACGGGACCGCGACGAAGAAACGUAAGGUCGCGAAGGCUGUGGGAAAAGACCACGAGGACGACGAGACCACUGAAAAACCUGGAGAAGAUGCAGAAAAGAGCGUCGCCAAGACAGUGAAGAAAGCGAAGAAGAAGGCAAAGCCUGUCAAACUCGCAUUUGACGAUGACGAAGAGACCUGA